AUGGCGGGUUUAAAAGAGGACCCAGUUCUUGGAAUUGACGGUAUAAAAUUAAAGGAGGAGGUUGAGCUUGGUACGCCUGUGAUUGACAAAUUGAGAGAGGACCACCCAGUUCUUCAAAAUGACGGUACAGUAAUAGAAGGGGAGUCUUUGAUCAACAGCAAGUCUGUUAUUGACAAGCUGAGAGAGGAGGGGAGCUGCGGUCAAGUUGAGAGAGACAUGGUUCCUCUCACUAGCAAUUCUAUUCACAGGUCAGGUUCCAGACCGCAGCUCGACCUUAGCAAGGCUGCAAUUGAAGGGACUUUUGAGGAGAGGGAUCCUACAAUUCUGUUGCCUAAUCAAUCUGAUGAUAUAUUACAUUUGGCUCUUGAUAUUGGAGGUUCUCUAAUCAAGUUGGUUUAUUUUUCAAGACACCAAGGCCUACCAACUAACGAUAAGAGGAAGAAGACAGUGAAGGAGAGAUUAGGAAUUUCCAAUGGUAAUAGGAGAAGCUAUCCUAUUCUUGGAGGAAGACUGCAUUUUGUUAAGUUUGAGACAAGCAAGAUCAAUGAGUGCUUGGACUUUAUUUCUUCCAAGCAGCUUCACUGUGGUGGAGUGGAUUCACAUAGCUGGCAUUCUGAGACCUCACCCAAUGGCAAUGCUGUCAUUAAGGCCACAGGCGGUGGGGCAUACAAGUUUGCGGACCUCUUCAAGGAAAGGCUUGGUGUUAGUCUUGACAAAGAAGAUGAAAUGGAUUGUCUCGUGGCAGGAGCGAACUUUUUGCUUAAGGCUAUUCGCCAUGAAGCUUUCACACACAUGGAGGGUCAGAAAGAGUUUGUGCAGAUUGAUCAAAAUGAUCUGUUCCCUUAUCUUCUUGUUAACAUUGGAUCUGGUGUUAGUAUGAUCAAGGUUGAUGGGGAUGGGAAGUUUGAACGAGUUAGUGGGACAAAUGUUGGUGGUGGUACUUACUGGGGCUUGGGAAGACUGUUAACCAAGUGCAAGAGUUUUGAUGAGUUGCUAGAGCUGAGUCAAAGGGGUGAUAAUAGAACAAUUGACAUGCUGGUUGGUGAUAUUUAUGGUGGGAUGGAUUAUAAUAAGAUUGGUCUCUCAGCAUCAACCAUCGCUUCUAGUUUUGGCAAGACUAUCUCUGAGAAGAAGGAACUUACAGAUUACAGACCUGAAGAUAUUUCCUUGUCCCUCUUGCGAAUGAUUUCAUAUAACAUUGGGCAGAUUUCCUACCUGAAUGCGCUUCGAUUUGGGCUCAAGCGGAUCUUCUUUGGAGGGUUUUUUAUUAGGGGUCAUGCGUAUACAAUGGAUACAAUUUCCUUUGCUGUACAGUUUUGGUCAAAAGGAGAGGCACAAGCAAUGUUUUUACGGCAUGAAGGAUUUCUGGGAGCUUUAGGUGCAUUUAUGAGCUAUGAAAAGCAUGGUCUUGAUGACUUGAUGGUUCAUCAGUUAGUUGAAAGGUUCCCUAUGGGUGCCCCAUACACUGGAGGAAAGAUUCAUGGACCUCCACUUGGGGAUUUGAAUGAGAAGGCAAGUUAG